AAUCGUAUUCAAGAUUUUUCACUGAAAUAACACUUCUUCGAACGGCGAAAGAUCUACCGUAGCUUGCAAGUAUUUCCACUAGAUGGCGGUGAAAUCUGGGCAAGAUGGCGUCCGGUCAAUAGACGAAGAGCAGAGGGAGGCCGGAGGCGCUCUCGAGUAAAACGAUCGACACGCGAGUGAAACGUAAAAAUGUUUCGUGAGGGAGUGCGCGUUACAUAUAUGUCGGCUUGAACGUGCCGUGUUUCUCGAACUCGAAAGAUGCUGCCAUGUAAAGCGACGACAGAGGAGGUGCCUUCGCGAAACUGUCAGGAAGAUCGUCGUCGUCGUACGUGAGUCAGUGCGCUCGGUCGAUUGAAAGAAGGCACGUACGUACAAAAUGGCUUCAGGCGACAAUGUGGACGUGAUCGAAGUGGUCGAGACAAGCUUCUCUGGCCCGGCACAGGCCACGGAGGAUCAUCUCAGACCGGAACAGUACGCGGACGAGGACAGUAAAUCUACAGGGGAUAAGGUGACAACAUUUGAGAGUUCGGUAAAUCAACAUGGCACCGCGGGGCCCAAGACCCCUGUGGGGGUGUCGAGGAACAAAUCGGAGCGAGAGAGAAAGAUCGGCCACAGGAGAGUUGGAGUGGGAGGUGAAAUCACGUACAAAAAGAUCCAAACGACACAAAUCAUGGGCUCCAUCCAGCUAGGCAUCCAACACGCAGUCGGUGGUUUGGCUAGUAAACCAGAGCGUGAUUUACUGAUGCAAGAUUUCAUGACUGUAGAAACGACGAACUUCCCGAGCGAGGGAUCCAAUCACACUCCAGCUCAUCAUUUUUCGGAGUUUAAGUUCAAAAAUUACGCACCUAUUGCAUUUCGUUACUUUCGGGAUCUCUUUGGCAUUCAACCGGAUGACUUUUUGAUGUCGAUGUGUAGCGCUCCGUUACGCGAAUUAUCAAACCCCGGCGCUAGUGGAAGUAUCUUUUACCUAACAGAUGAUGACGAGUUCAUCAUAAAGACUGUACAACACAAAGAAGGAGAAUUUUUACAGACGCUUCUUCCAGGAUAUUAUAUGAAUCUAAAUCAAAAUCCAAGGACAUUAUUGCCAAAGUUCUUUGGAUUAUAUUGCUAUCGGUGUAAUAGUAAAAAUGUUAGAUUAGUCGCUAUGAAUAAUCUUCUGCCCUCGUCGGUGAAAUUGCAUCAAAAGUAUGACUUAAAAGGAUCAACAUACAAAAGAAAGGCAUCGAAAUCAGAAAGAUCUAAAUCUUCUCCAACAUACAAAGAUUUAGAUUUCAUGGAACACCAUCCAGAAGGGAUCUUUUUGGAGGCGGACACGUAUAGUGCCCUAGUUAAAACUAUUCAAAGAGAUUGUCGGGUGUUGGAAAGUUUUAAAAUCAUGGAUUACUCUUUACUCGUUGGUCUUCAUAACCUCGACCAGGCUGCAAGAGAAAAAACGCAGGAGCAGAGAUUAUCAGCGAGUGCGGAGGAAGAAGUUGGCGAAGUGGGAGGUGAGAGUACAGCACUUACUCAAGCAGAAAAAGAACGGGAACGAGAGGACAGAAUAGGAGCCAGCGCUCUGAACCGAUCACGAAGCAUAAAUCGACAAAGGUUGGUUGCGCACAGUACCGCUAUGGAGAGUAUUCAGGCUGAAAGCGAGCCGAUAGACGAGGAGGACGAUGUACCCAGUCCAGGUGGAAUUCCUGCUCGUAAUGCCCGCGGCGAACGCCUUCUACUUUUCCUUGGUAUUAUUGAUAUUUUGCAAAGUUACAGGCUUAAGAAAAAAUUAGAACAUACUUGGAAGUCAAUGAUACACGAUGGUGAUACUGUGUCUGUACAUCGGCCAGGUUUUUACGCGCAACGUUUCCAAGAUUUCAUGGCGAAGACAGUAUUCAAGAAAAUACCAUCACUGGACCUGCCUGAGAUUAAGGGGAAUCAUCGCAAAUUCCGUAACCUCGUCACCAGCUACAUAGGUAACUUUGUCUCGUUGAAACAUUCCCCAUCGAAGAGAAAAAGCAUAACCAGGCCUCUCAGGCCCUUGGACGGCGACUUCGAUUCAACCGCGGUGCCGACAACCGGAACUUCGACAAUGCAUGCUACGUCACCCACGAAGGCUGUAACCCCGACAGACGCUGCGAUCAGCACGACCAGCACGGUGAUGUCAACCGGUUCCGCGCCAAUCGCCACCUCCACCCCCGUGAACUUCGCCGCGGGCCCGGUGAGUCCGCCUCCGUUGACCUUGGCCGCUGGUCCAGGCCUUUCUCAUCACGAGCCACCGGUGACGACCUCAGCGGCCAAGGUCACGAGCUAUCCAGCCGUCCUGAAGGGCAGGACCGCCGCCAGUCCACCGAAUCCGAAUCUGGUACCCUCCGGCAAGAUUCCACCCCCUGUUCCUCCAAGAGGUACCGGUCAAUCGAGGACCACGAGGUCCUCUGAGGAGCACCGUGGCCCUGGAACAGCCACCUCCACCACGUCCUCGAUGACAUCCAGCCGAGGUGGCACCCUUCCUUCCACUUGUUCCACCCCGCCCCCGCCCUUUGACGAUGCAGUGCGCUCAAAUGACCAGACCUUGGCUUCUGGUGGUCAACUUCAACAGGGUGCACCGACCACGAUCUUAACGAGCAGUCUAAGCAGUGCUCACUCCAAGCAGAACAAGGUUGUGCACCAUGUCACUCUCACAAAGACUUAUCACGAUGCCGUGAGCAUAUCCGACGUACACUUGGAAAGCAGCGGUAGCGGAAGCGGAAGCGGCGGCAGGGAAACGAAAUCUUCGUUGAGCGUAGAAAGCGGUGGUAGUAGUCGAGGAGGUGGGGGUCUGACCUGGACACCACCCGCUGGCAGUGCCGAGGGCUCUACGCCCACCUGGACAGAAGGCACGCCGUCCUUUACCGAGAGUUCCAGCAGCGGUGACGCAGGUUGUCCGACCACACCGAUCAGAGGCAGCCAGCGUCACGAUGACGGAGGGAGAAUCGCUGCCACCGUCGAGGAGGCGCUAGCCAGUCUUACUACAGAAAUGAAAGAAACGAACAACACGAGGAAUUUUGUGGAACAGAGAAGGUCCCUUUCGAAGUACAGUCAAGUGAGAACGAGUUUCAAACGUGCCAGCGCGAACCAUGUGUCGAUCAUGAGGAACGUGCAAAAUGUGUUAAGAGUUCAACGCCGGGAGCCAUAAGGAUCCAAAGAAGCGGGACUAUAAGAUAAAUUCAAGUUUUUUUUAGAAAUGUAAUCCAACAAGGACCGCGUAUAAACUGCGUGUAGAAAGAUAAAUGGAAUGAUUUAAGAAACCAAGAAGCAAUUCAGAUUUUAUCGUCGAAAUCUGUGAUCAUACGAACACGUCUAAUUACUUCAUCCUUUCAUAUACAUCGUUAAAUUAACGAUAUUCUUAACUCGUUUUUAUUACCGCAUACUCGAUCAUUUUUUUAAUAUUGUCGAAUUGUAGAUAAUUAGAAGAGAAACUAUGCCUGUUUAACCGGUUUGUACGAUAGUCAGGCAUAACUACGAUCUUAAUCCUCUCGUGACUAUAAAUCAGCCUUGCGUCUAAGUGUCUACUUAACUAACUGCAUAAGAUUUCGUUCUUUUCUUCCUUUUUCGUUGCGUCAACGUUAUCGCGUCGUAUGUUUUUUGAUAAUCGUGUAAACGAAUGAAAAGAGAAAAGCAAAAAAAAAAAAAAAGAAAAACGAGAAGUCUCGCAUUAAGGGAAUUAUUAUCGAAGCAAUAUACCGCAUAUCGCGAUCGAAGAGACGAAAACGGAAAACAAUCGAAUUCCUCGCCUGCGAUAACGUGGUUGCGAGCGUGCGGAGGAAAUGGCAGGAUAAAAUGACGAUUUUAUGGAGUGGCUCGUUUCGCGAUCAUUCGCAAACAUUCUUCCACUUCGUGCUUCUUCUUUCAAAUUCUCGAGACUUUAUGUCCUUGUGAUUCGAGUUAUCUAGUAAAUCUUCAGAUUUGAUAAUGGUUCGAAGAUGGCAGAAUACGAAAUAAUCUCGAGAAAUUGAUUUUGGAAAAGAAGUUGAGAAGCUGCCGUAGAAUUCUACAAGACGUAUUGCAUGUUAAUUGAUAUUUUUAAAGGUAUACUUUCCUCGGUAUUCGUUAGAUUCUUUUGCAGUUGCGUACAAAAUUACAUAAGCUUUCGAUGGAAUGUGAUUUAUUCGCGUUAAUAUUUACUUCGACUUUAUUAUCUGAAAGCCGGUCCUCUUUGUAUUCGAGGAAAAUUUCCGAAAGAUAUAGUUUCGAGUAGAUUUGCGUAGAGAAAUCGUGAAACCAAACGUGCCAUUGAAAAUGUUCAAUUGCGUAGAGAGAAAAAUGCGUGCACGAGUGAGGUUGCAAGAGCAAUUAAAAGCGAUUGCAGUCGCUGGAAUAAUUAACCCUUUAACCUAGCAAUAUAUGUUAAUAAAACGACUAGCGUUUAAGGCAUUAAUCGAAACGCGUUGAUAUCUUAAUAAGCUUAAUAUUAAUUUUCACAUUUUAUUACUACACAUUGCCAUCUUUUAUCGUGUCUAUAACAAUUCCUGUCUUCAAAUUUAAUUGCCUGGUUAAAGAGUUAAAACGUUAAAGAGUGUAAACAACAGUUAUGGAUCGGUUGCACUCACGCCAUGUGUUUCAAGCUAUACAUUUGUAACAUUCUAAUUUAAAAGUGCCUGCUACUAUUUUUAAUUAUUCAUAAGGAAGCAAUAUUUUUUUUCCAUUUUCAUUGCACGAAAAAAAAAUAUAUAUAUAGUGGAAGACCAACUUUCCUAGAGAUAGUUUAGAAGGCCGGUCCAUUUCUGUUCUAUUGAAGAAAACAAGGAAACGUGAAAACAUACGUAUUAAUCAUACGUAAAAGAUAACUGUAUCAAUAUUAUACAUAAAUACGUUGAAACAAUAUGAAAAGAUUCAGAUGCAUAAUGCGAGCAAUUGUGCUGUUGCGAAACAAAUUGUCACUUAACCGAGAUAUUUCGGCAAUACAUACUAUUACGAUUAUGAUCAUUACCAUUAUGAUUAUUACUAUCACCAUGAUUAUUGAUAUUAUUUAAAUAAAGCAGUUACUAUUAUUCUUAUGACUGUUUCUGUUAUCGUUUCGUUAUCGCGAUUUGAAAUACGCGCGUUUUCGUACGUCGGGGGUAACCUCCUUUCAAUUAUAUAUUUUCGUCGUUCGAUUUCUAGUUAAAUAUACAGUUUCUGACGAAAGUAAUAUUUGAAAUUAUGAAUAUAUUACGUGUACUAUACGAUCCAUUUUGAAAUUUUAUUAGCGCUAUAGUGCCACGUGACUAUCAUUAAUCGUAUCAGAAAAUUUUCAAACAAAACUGAAAAUGUAUAUAGAAGCUUCAAAUUAAAUGCAAGUAUAUGUUUCGCAGAAAUAGCAAAAAUAUUUAAACGUUCUAUUGUUGUUAAUAAACCUUAAUAUUUUCAGUGAUGUUAAUAUACUGAAAUGCUGUAUGUUCUUGAUGUAUACGAAUUUUCUACUAAAUAUAUGUUUGCACUAAAUGUCUCGCAAUUUCUAUAUAUAUUUUCAAAUUGAUUCGAAAUUUUACCAAUACGAACAUGACAGUCGUAUCUCGUUUCGAUGCUAAUUAAAUUUCAAAAUGUUUUGUAUAACACAGAUAAUAUAUCGAUGAAAAUUGUAUUAUUAUACCUAUUCAAAUACUGCCAUGAGUCACUGUAUGUGUUAUACAGGGUGGUUGGUAACUGGUGGUACAAGCGGAAAGGGGGUGAUUCUAGGCGAAAAAAGAAGUCGAAAAUAUAGAAUAAAAAUUUUUCGUUCGAGGCUUUGUUUUCGAGAAAAUCGACUUUAAAUUUUCGCUCGGUACGCGUGCACUUUGUCACAUCUCGUUAUAACGGAUCUCACUGUAGAUCGUUGUCUCGAUUGACGUUAUUUUUUUAAUUUUUUUUUUUUUUAAUUUUUCCAUCGAGACAACAAUCUACAGUGAGAUCCGUUAUAACGCGUACCGACCGAAAAUUCAAAGUCGAUUUUCUCAAAAACAAAGCCUCGAACGAAAAAUUUUUAUUCUAUAUUUUCGACUUCUUUUUUCGCGUAGAAUCACCCCCUUUCCGCUUGUACCACCAGUUACCAACCACCCUGUAUAUACAUAUAUGUAUGAUAUAUGCGUGUAUGUACUCCUGUCGGUAAAGAUCGAUCGAUCGAUACCUCGUAUCGUUUACGUAAACCCACCCUCGGCGCACUUUAUUUUCACUUUCUUUUCACCCUUUUUUUACCGAAAUAUUUUCUUAUCCUGGUUUCUUUUAUUUGCACCCGUUUCAGACCCACCUGUAGUCAAGCAAAAAACGAAGAUAGUUAUAGAAAAAAAGUCAAAUGAAAAACACAUAAAAAAAGAAAAUACAAAUUUGUAUGUACGAGAGAGAGAGAAAGAGAGAAUUGACUGCGGAGCCUGUGAAUCCUCGCUGUCGGCGCAUUUAGAAACCCUCCCCCUCCGGAAUUAGCUUGAAAAUGCAUUAGGACGUUGAUGUAAGUUCAACAGAAAGCAGGCAUAUAAGUGUGCGCAUUUUAAACUGUAUUUAUAGAGUGUGCCGAAAAUAUCCGACCACGGAAGCGGCCUUUAUUCAUCCGUAGAUUUUUGUCAUUGUAUUUUUCAUUAUACGAUUGUGUUCGUCAUGUCAUCCUUCACUACUUUUGUGAUGUCUAGUUGCAGAAUUUUUAUACGCUUAUAAGAAAUUUAAGGAUGCAAAAAU